UUGCCUUCGGGAGUCAUGGUGACAAUAAAGCGUUGGUUCUGGGGUCUUAGCACCUACAUUAAAGCCCCAACUCCAUUCAACCAAAAUAACCAAAAUACCGGUCACCAUAGUCAAGGUUUAUGUGGAAAUUAUAAUGGAAAGCCCGACGACGAUUUUUAUGGGACGGAACAUCAAUUUGGAGAAACAAAUCGAAUUCAUGGCCCAGCUGUGGGGGUGAGAAAGGUGUUUGUGGAGAGAAAGCGAUAGCAGAGUGCUUCCCAUCCGAAGAUGGAAAACAUCAUUCAGGCAUAAAAGCGGGGCUAUGUGAAAGCUUAGAAAAGAGAGAUGCGGAAUCAAGAGAUGAUGAUAUAGAUGAUCAAGAUGAUAUCCCACCCUUUAAUCCUCUGCAACAAAACUCUACCCAGCUUCCAUCAUGGCCGACACCAAGUGGACUCACUGAAGUAAAAGUUAGAGAGAUUUGUAAUAGGAAGAUUCGUUAUACAAAAGCUGGGGCGAACUGUGAAAAUAUUGUUGGUGUGGAUAUAAAUGCCGUGGUUGAACAAUGUGUAUCAGAUAUUCAGGCUAUGGACAAUAUUGCCUGGGCCAACGAUAAUUUUGCAGCCUUGCAAGAAACAUGUAAAAAGAACAUAUUCAAGAACACUUCAUUUUACGAAAACAGCACAGACGGAAAACUAAAACUCAACAAAAAAUUCAUAGCCUCUUUAUGUCCAAACGGCUGUUCUGGUCACGGAAAUUGUUCUAACUCAACAUGUACAUGUGAUGAAGAUUAUAUUGCUGCUGAUUGCUCCAUAUCUUUAAAAGAUAGCCCAUUUAUUUCUGGUAUUCGUAAGUCUGGUCUGUGCGAUCUCAGAAGAAGACCAUGUAAAAAUGUGGGAAUUUAUGCGUUUCCAUUUUUGGACUCAGGAAAUCUGACAUGCCAUGUUCAGGAGUUUAAAGUUAUCGAAUCAGCCUGGACUCCAAGUAAUUCCAUCACGCGUCACCGCGGAAAACUGGUUGACCUCACUGAAGUUAAAUGUUUUCUUCCGGAAUCUCCUGUAAAUAUCGGCGAAUAUGACAAAAAGGGAAUUACAGCUGCUGGUCUGAAAAUCUCAGUUUCAAAUAACGGAAUAAAUGCAUCCAAAGCGGUCAUGUUGUUCAUUACGUAUGACUCUAUCUGCCAAGAAUGCAAUACAACUACAGAAUGUCGCCUUAAGACCGAUGCUUGUUUCAUUUCUGAUCAUUGUUUUGCGCAAAACGAAAAUCAUCCAAAUAACUGGUGUAAACAGUGUGUGCCAGAUAUUUCAACCACGUCAUGGAUAAAACGUAGAGAUAAUCAACCUCCACGAUUUACAACGUCAACUUUCCUCUACGCGUUUCGAAGAAAACAAUUGAGGGUUCAGCUACAUGCAAUUGAUCCUGAGUACCGUACCAUUCGAUACAGCUUUGCCAAAAAUGAAACAUUUGGAGCUAUGUUAACGGAGAGAGGAAUGUUUACAUGGACAAAGACUUUGAACGAUUCGACAGAAUUCCAUUUUAAAGUCACAGACGAAUGUGGUGCUUACUCCGUGUUUCGUGCGUCGGUUGUCAUCAAAGAAUGUCCCUGUAGAAAUUCACUGAGGAGAAUGCAAUCCUGAUUAUCGGUACCUUGAUGGAGCUGGACAUUUCACGUGCACCUGUCCUCCUGAAUAUACGGGUACCCUGUGUGAAGUUGAUGUAAAUGAAUGCGAUAUGUCUAAACCUUGUCUCAAUGGAAAAUGUAAUAAUACACAACCUGGCUUCUCGUGUUCUUGUUUUGCUGGCUACACCGGUCAACGUUGUGAAAUUGAGAUUGAUGAAUGUGCUGACAACCCAUGUUUCCUUGGAGUUUCUUGUACAGAUUUGGUUGCCUCGUUUAAAUGUGGACCUUGUCCUACUGGAUAUACUGGCGAUGGAGAGAACUGUACCAGAGUCGAUGGCAAAAAUCAGCCCCCGAAAUUUGACACCCCAAGUUUGGUAUAUGCAAUUUUAAAUAAAGACUUUGAAAUUCUGCUAAAUGCGGAAGACGACGAAAGACAUGAUUUGAAAUUUGUUUUGUUAUCAAAUGGAACAUUCGCAACAGCGGAAAUCACGAAAAGAAUGCUCAAGAUAUCAAAUGUCACAAAAAAUGGAACCGUUUACAUACAAGUCGAAGACAAAAUGGGUGCAAAAAGUCUAUUACGUCUUCAAGUCUUUGUCAUGAAGUGUCCAUGCAAACACGAUGGUGAAUGUUACCAAAAGCAGAAUGUUACAUAUCCUGUGCUACCAACAGAUUAUUAUUGUCAAUGCCAUGAGCAAUUUUCGGGAUCGUUGUGUGAGUUACGCCGAAAUCCUUGUGAUAAGCUGCCAUGUUUUCCAGGUCUCCAAUGUUCACAAGAUCAAAAUUCCGAUGGAUAUUCUUGUGAACAAUGCCCGCCUUUGUUUGAAGGAGAUGGGAAGCAGUGUAAACGUGAAGAAACCGAAGACCAAAGCACGGUGAGGUCUGAAAUGAAGUUGACCAAUCGAAAAUGGGAUGAACAACUAAACAUAAAAACUUCAAUGGUGUAUAAAAAUCUCGAGUCACGAUUGACUGUUGAGAUAAGGGACGUUUACAGAAGUUACGCUGGGUUUAGCUAUGUUCUUAUAGAAAGAUUCAGAAAGGGCAGUAUAAUUGUUGCCUUUGCGCUCAUAUUUUCGGAGAAGAAAGUGAAAGAUCCUCUAAAACCUCUGAAGGAAGCGGCGGAAACCGGAAAACUUGGGAAUACGACGUUCCAAAUUUAUGCUGCGAAAGAUGAAAAACAACCUGGAUCAGGCGAUGACGAAAUUUUGGGAAUUGAUGAAACUAUCUUUUAUGUUAUCGUCGGCGUCGCUGUUUUUCUCGUUCUGCUAAUCAUUUUGGCAAUUUACUAUUGUGUGAAACGCAAGCACAAGUUCAAAAAGGCCGAACUGAAGAAGAAGGUAUUCAUCACCAGCAACAAUAAUGCCAGGGGAAUUGUGUUUCGACAAACUGAUGCCCGAGUCGAAGGAAGUGUUGGAGAAGAAUUAGACCUCAAGGUUUUUGAUAACAAGGUGAUACGCUUUGAUGAGGAGAUCAAAAUUCAGCUUUGAAAAAAGCUUGCGUUCUGACUCUUAAAAACUUUUUUUAUGAAUUGUGAUUGAAACUUUGAUUGAGUACUUGAUUAAAAAACAUGACGUUUACACUAAACGUUUUAUACGGUCGCAAAUAUCGGGGGAAAAUCAUGUUCGAUUAUCUUCCCCUUUCAGCUCUCCGUUUCAGUAUAACCCUUGACAGGGAAAUUAUCAUUUUGUUCUUGGUAACAAGAAUAUUUUGGAGUUCUUAAUCUUAUUGACGUUAUUUCUGUGUGUUGUAAGUUAUAAUAUACAGUAGAAAAAGU